UGUUGAUCCUAGAUUGUAAACCCUACCUUAUCGUUGAGCUUUGUGCCAUGAAGAAAUUACUACGCAAAUCCAAGUCUAGGUCUCAUUCAAGUGAUGAUUGCAAUACUGGUGGCAGGCCACAGUUGAAUAGUAGAAGACUUAGCUUACCAAAUGAUUUCUCGUUUGAAUUAAUCCAUUCUGCUCAUGGCAAUAGGGAUAAUACAACUAGAACUUCGUUGAUUGCUACUGACGAAGGCUUAUCCCCAAACACUUCUGCUCAGGAUAAUGAGUCAAUUGCAUUAUCGGAUGCAGAAACUUUAUUAGUUGAUAAAAGACAGAGGUUGAUUCUUCAAGAUACUUUUGAAGAAAAUUUCACUCAUUAUCUCCCCUUUCUAAUGAGACGAUAUCGAAUGGAAGAAGAGAGCACAUCAGGAAAUAAUGGGACAAUGGAGCCGAACCAUAUAAGUGAGGAGUUUGAUGAUGACGAUGAAUCUACCAUCUAUAAUGAUUCUAUUGGUGGGAAUUUUGAGACAAGAUAUAAUCGAUUGAAUAGCGAGUUACCUUUAGGAAUAUCAUUACCAUCGCCAUUACGGACAAAAGUUUUUAAUAAACCAGCUUCCAGCUUCACAUUGAAGAGAGAAAUCAUAGUAGUGAACGAGUUCAUCAAAAAUAAUUAUUUAAUCUUUAUGAAUCAAGAAUCUUUCAAGAAAUUCAAGGAGCUAAAGUCAAGAAAGAAAUCUAGAAAUAAUUCAGUCAUAGUGUACGAUGAAGAAAACAAUAUCAAAAGACUUUCAAAUAUUGAAAACGAUAGUUUACUUUUAAAUACUCAUGAUUCUAUCGGCGAUAAUAUAAUCGACAAUAGGUCUCACAUAAUCCCACUAGAGUAUAAAGUCAAAGGAGAGGCAUUGCCAGUAUUUAAGAUCCAAACUCCCUAUAUGUCGUCCUUUCGUAAACACGUACCAUAUAUGAUAUUCAAAAGAUUUAGAGAAGUUCCAUUAAAACCAGUGCUACAAGAAAAUCAAGAUCACGAUGAUGAAUACGAAUCUUAUAGUUUUUGCACGGUACAUUUGAAGCAUUUUCAAUUGGUGAAACGAUAUAUCUUCAAUUUUACUCCGUUGCAUGGAGAAGAAUUCAAGAUCAUAUUAUUUCAACAUAAUACUAAACCAUUCUGUGAUUUUGAAUAUAAAAAUACUAGAUUUAGAAUAGUCGGUACAUCUUUAGCAGCCGGAUUUAUAUUUAGUUAUAAUCCGAAUAUGAAAUUGUUUAUUAUCGAUCAAAACAGUCCCUCUUUAGUUGACAAGAUGAUAAACAAAUCCCCAGGACUCGAGAUUUCAUCCUUGUUAAGACGAAGAAGUUCUAAUGACGAUGUAAAUGGUUCCCGAAAAAAUAGCACCAUCGAGGUUUCAGCAAAGAGUGGCCAUAAUAAUUUAUCGACAAACUCUUCAUCUCCUCCACCAGCUACCAACGCAUCUAAUGAUCCUAGUGGCGACCUAUCUGAUUUUUCAACUUUUACUAAUCCAUAUCCAGAUCCCUCCUGUCCUUUAUUAGAAGACUGUGGUACUUUUUGCUACGGAAUAGACUCCAUUAGUAGCAGGUCGUAUAUUCCUAAUGAUUCCCCACCUUUCGCUAGCUUCAAAGAUGCUCAAUCAUAUACCAAUCAAUCUUUCUUACCAAAGAAGUACGCCGAGAACGGUAAAAUUGAGAUAUAUCAGGAUAUAAAUACUUUCACUGAAUCAAAUCAUAACGAAAGUAGCACUUUCUCAAUUGACUUGGAUACUUUAGUGUUGAACGUGAUCAUAUUGACAUUGAUGGAGAAUAAUUUGAGAAAUGCAAAUAAGAAUGGAACGAGUGGGUUUGCAACCAGAUUAAGCCACCUCCCAAAUAUACCUACUUCGUAUAACCAGUUUACCAUGUCUGCUUCUGUACUAUAGUUGUUCCUGGUUUAAUUCUAUUAAUUUGAACAAUGAAAUUUUCUGCCUUUGGCUAAACCUUUUUAAUUAAUAUCUAACUUUCAAUUCUAAUAUACGCUUGUUCGUCGUCUUUUCAAACGAUUCCUCUUGCAAGGCAAUAAAAAUGAAAGUGGC